CGGCGGCGGCGGCGGCUCAGGGGUAGGCAUCGGCGUCGGGGCUGAGGCGGCGUCGGGGCCGAAGAUGCUGAGCCGCCUGCAGGAGCUGCGCAAGGAGGAGGAGACGCUGCUGCGGGUGAAGGCGGCGCUCUACGACCAGCUCAACAGGCUCAAGGUCGAAGAACUGGCCCUUCAAUCGAUGAUCGACUCCCGGGAGGGGAAUGGAAUGGUGUCUUCUCCGCCCUUAACCGAGGACCCUCCAAAUAUCAUGGUGCAUGUAGAUAACGAAGUUUCCAUCAAUCAAACCGAACUCCAGCUCAGCCUGAAAGACCAGGCCGAGGAGCAGGAGGAGGAGGAAGAGGAGGAAGAAUCUGAUUCUUGAAGGGGAAAUGUGGAGUUCUGACUUAUCCCAGAUUCAAGAACCCUCCCUCACCUGAGCAAAGCUGUCACAGAUACAUUGUGGCCAGCCCCCCAAGGAAUCAAGAACCGCCAAAGGAGAAGAGCGCCGUGUCGUUACACGUACACCAAGUUCUGAUGAGUCAAAAUAAGUUUACGUAGGGAAUACAGAGACCCGUGUUUUAUCAUUUAAAUGUAGAGUGGGGACGAUCUUUUCACUUAGCUGUACAAAUUACCUUAAAGCAGUGACCUAAAAGUGAGGCCACCUGUCAUUCCAGAAACAUCUCCUGGUGUUUUCAAGGGGGGCGGAGGGGAGGGUCAGGGUGAAUUGGGAGCCGGCUGAUUCAUAAAGGUUUCUGCUAUAGCCCCUCUGCCGAGAGACUGUGUUUAAGCCACCCCUAAGAGCACAGUCUGGAGAGGUAGUUCGUCCUAAAUCACAAACCAAGCCACCGAGGAAAUCCGCCUAUCGCCAUUUGCGAUCGAUGCCGGCCGAAAGGCGGAGGCAGAUUUAGUUUCUGUGUAGACUAUUACAGAACCAGCUCCCAAAGGAGAAAAAAUACAGUGAUGUCAGGUACACGUGAUACACAUUUUACCCCCUAGUUAAAAAAAAAAAAAAAAGCAGGUUGCUUGAUAAACAGCAGUCCUGCUUUGAAGAGAGAAACGGGUUAGCUUUAGAGUGUCAGGACAUCAAUUAAAGUUGAUUUCUCGCUUUCCCCCUCCCACCCACCUUCAAUAAAGUGAGAGCUGCAGAAAAA